GUCUCCUCCCACAGCUCCCUUCUUUCAAAUACACUUUCUUUUCAUCUUCUUUACUCUCUCUCUUCUUUCAAAUACACUUUCUUUUCAUCUUCUUUACUCUCUCUCUCUCUCUCUCUCGCUGGAGAGCAUUACUAGAGGAAGAAGCACAAACCCUAAAAUCCCUCGGCAUCUGUCACAUUCUCUUCCAUUACCAAUUCAAAGCUAAAAAAAUCUUUACCCCAAAACCCUGAAAUUCUCAUAUCAUCCCCUGCCUGAACAGCCUUUUCUUUGGCCGUAAAACAUAUUCCACGGAGCUCUUAAAGAUGCAAAAACCCAAAACCAUCAUUCUCUUCUUGAUUUUAGUCAAUGUAGUGGGUUUUGUUAACUCCAAAUCCACAAUCGAACCAUGCUCUAACAACGACUCCUGUAAUGCUCUUCUUGGCUACACUCUAUAUACUGACCUCAAAGUGUCAGAAGUAGCCUCUCUCUUCCAAAUUGAUCCCGUAGCUCUCCUCACAGCUAAUUCCAUCGACAUCUCUUACCCAGAUGUCGAAAACCACAUCCUUCCGUCUCAGCUUUUCCUCAAGAUCCCAAUAGUAUGUUCCUGUGUAGAUGGAAUCCGCAAAUCCGUUUCUACUCACUACAAGACUCGGCCUUCGGAUACUUUGUCUUCCAUUGCGGAUUCGAUUUAUUCGGGUUUGGUGUCUGCGGACCAGUUAAAAGAGGCUAAUUCUAUACAGGAUCCUUCAGCACUGGAUGUGGGGCAGAGCCUCGUGGUGCCAUUGCCCUGUACUUGUUUUAAUGGGACGGAUAAUUCGUUGCCGGCAAUUUAUCUGUCUUACGUGGUGAAGGAGGUGGAUACUUUGGCGGGGAUUGCUUCGAGAUAUUCCACUACUAUUACUGAUUUGAUGAAUGUUAAUGCUAUGGGGAACCCAGCCAUCAAGGCUGGUGAUAUACUUGCUGUGCCAUUGCCAGCAUGUGCUUCUAGAUUUCCAAGAUACGCCCUUGAUUAUGGCCUGAUUGUGCCAAAUGGAAGCUAUGCAAUCUCUGCCAGUCACUGUGUGCAAUGCAGCUGUGGGCCAGGAAAUCUCGAUUUGUACUGCAUGCCUGCUUCGUUGGCAGUUUCUUGUUCAAGCAUGCAGUGCAGAAAUAGCAACCUCAUGCUCGGGAAUGUCACAUGGAAGCAGAGUAGUGCUGGUUGUAAUGUUACUUCAUGUAGUUAUGGUGGAUAUGUCAAUGGCAGCAUUGUGACCUUGUUGUCUACAUCUCUUCAGCCUCGAUGUCCAGGGCCACAGCAAUUUCCUCCCUUGCUAGCCCCUCCUACUUCAGUGACUAGAGAUUCAGUGUUUGGUUCAGCUCCAGCACCUGCACCUCAGUCAGAUGGUUCUGGUGCAACAAUGCCCAGGAGUACAGUUGUACCGACAACUGGGACACUUCCUGGACUACCCCCUGUAGGUGGUCCUAUUGGAGGUGCAUCUGAUGCUUGCCCCUUGGUGAAUCCAUUAGCCACGUCGGUAAUUGCACUUAUGCUAUACAAGCUGGGCACCUUCAUGAUCUCCCUUCUAUUGUAAUAUUGUCAUGAAUUGUCAGUAUAGAUGGUGGUGGGAUUGUGGUUGGCUGGGUCACUUUAUUUUUGACAGGUCCCACUUACCUGUUGUAUGUAACCUUCUUGAUAUAUUUCGACCUGUGAACUGAUUUGUGGAUGAGGGAAUUAGAGGCUAUCAUUGUGCCUGCCAAUAUUUUGUUGUGCUUGCUGUAGUGUGUACUUAAAGGCAUGGGCGGUUCUACUUUUGGCUGUUCAUUCUUGUUUUCAUUAUCCAGAGUUCUAGGUAAUUGCUUGGCUCAUGCAUUGCUUUGGCAGGGAGGGGCCUAUUUCAUUUUUGGUUGCAGCACUUUGGAUUCAAUUGACAUAGUUGUUUCUGUUCA